CUGCUUCCUCAAGUGCAGAUAUAGGUUCCCAUGCACUUUAGCAGCCAUGCUUGAACGAUCGAUGCUCAAAAUCAAGGAGGCUAUACAGAAUGCAUGGCCAUGCUCAAGAAGCAGAGACCAAAAGAGAAUAAUGGGAUGCAUGUGCAUCACGCACGGACAACACAGGGCGCAGGCCUCGACACAAAAAGAUGUGCAAGAGGACUCUGUCACAGUGCGAUUCGAGCGUAUCAAAGAUUCGGAGAUACGGUUUUUUGGAGUGUUUGAUGGGCGUCAAGGAUGCGAAGUACAGGAGUUCUUGGUUUCACACCUGUUCAAUAACAUUGUGAAUGAGCCUGAAUUUUGGACAAGAAUAAAGGAGGCAGUGCAGAAUGCCUUUGUUUCAACUGACAAAGAGAUACUAUCUAACACAAGGGAUCAUGGUAGAGGAGGCUCAGCAGCCGUUACUGCACUAGUGAUCAACAAUGAAAAAAUGGUCGUGGCAAAUGUCGGAGAUUCUAGGGCUGUCUUAUGCAAGAACUCGAAGGCAAUUCAACUUUCAACCGAUCACAAGCCAAUCAAAGCGCGACAGUCAAUAGAGAAAAGAGGUGGAAGGGGACAUGUUGAUGGAGAGCUGGACAUUGCACGAGCAUUCGGUUUUUUGCACAUCAAGCCUCACAUGACCUCGGAUCCCCAUGUUGAGGUCAUAAAGAUUGAUGCAGAAACAGAGUUCCUCAUCCUUGCGACCAACGGAAUAUGGCAGGUAAUGAACAAUCAAGAGGCAGUCAACCUAAUUGGGCACAUCAAGGAUCCCCAAGAAGCAGCUGAGUGCCUUGCCAAAGAGGCAGAAAUGAGGAUGAGUAAAGACGAUAUCUCAUGCAUCAUCGUACGCUUUGGCUGACACCAUUGGAACCAAAAGCGCCAUCCACCAAUACACCAGAAUAAUUCAUGUCCACUAAAUAUGAGUAGAGUGAAUAUCUUUACUUGAUCAAAACCACCAUGAAUGAUUUUUGGAGAGCUCCUCAUCUUAUAUGAGUUAUUCCUGUUUGUUUUGUAUGGAAAUGCAUGUACUUAUGAUUGACAGUGACUACAUCCAUAAAGGAGCAGCUGGUUUUUAGUUGUG